AUGUUCCACUUCCACGCCGCGCGCCCGCCGAGGCCCACGUCCGCGGCCGUCCGCGCCUUUCCACAGCCCUGCGGGCGCACGGCCGCGCUUCCUCGCCCUCGCCCUCUCCCGCCGCCUCCUCCACCUCCACGCGCCGCGGGCGGGACCGCCGUGCGGGCGCGCGGCGAGGCGGAACCGCCCCGUGGCCCAACCCAAGCCCAGGAACAAGCGGCGGCGGGCGGGAAUGCUUUGGCCGGGGACGGCGCGGGGAGGGGAAGCGGAGUCGGUGAACCUGACAGGAAAAGGGAGCUGUUAUUCGCCCCGUACCCGCCGCCCAAGCGAAGGGCCGUCUCCGCCAAGCGGCAGUUCCCGCCUGGCUGCGGGAGGGACGCGCCGUCUCUGGUCGACGACGGGGCGCGGCUUGGAGCCCCACUUGCCGCUCCUGAUUUCAGUGCUACUGUACCGGAGCAGGCGUCCGUUUCUCGGCCUGAGGGCACCGGUGACGGUGAGGAGGGUUGCUUGCGGCUGGAACCAGCGCCUGCAGGUGCCAAUGCUGGUUUUGGUGUCCCGGGGAAGGUGACGGCUGCAGACGGUGUCGGUGCCCCAGUGUCUUCCUCAGAUGGGGUACAGGGAGUUGCCGGAUUGGUGGUCAAAGACAGGGAGAUACCAACAGCAGGGAACGGUGGCUUGCGGCUGGAAGCUCCGCCUCCCAAUGCUGGUCUGGGAGGUGCGCCGGGGAAGGCGAUGGCUGCACAUGCUGCUGCUCCGGUGCCAAAUGGGUGUCAUCAUGGUCCAGAGCCUGCGGCGGUGACAUCUUCAGGCGAGGCACAGGGAGUUGCUGGUUUUGUGGCGAAGGACAUGGGAAGAACAGCUGGAAGUGCUGAAUUGGGGAUGAAGGAGUUGAUGCCGGUCGUCGUGCGGCCGCCGCCGAAGCGGAGGACGGUAUCUGCCGUUCGCCGCUUCCCUCCUGGCUGCGGAAGGAACGUGGGGCUGGUUCCACUUGCUAGCACAGGAACCAGUGAGGUUGCUUUGCAGCUGGAAGCCCUGCCUGCUGAUGCUGGUUUGAGUGCAGUUGCUGCUAACGGUGGUCGUUCGGAUGCGUGUGCCGUGGACACGGUGGAAGCUGUGAGCAAGAAUGCUUUGGGUGGAUCAGUUGAGGUACAAGAACAGGAGGAUGGUGAGAUUCCUACAGAAGAUUAUGCUGAGAUUCCUGCAGAAACUGACCAUGCCCUCCUCCAAGAGUCUCAUGUUACUCUCAACAAGGACCUGCAUGAGCUUACAGCUGGUAGACGUGAAUCUGCUGCUCCGCCAGUCGCAGCUGUGAAACCUUCUAUACGCCAUUCUUCCAGUGAGAAGCUCCAUGAGAAUAUGCUGCAGCGAAGCGCCAAGACUGUAUCCUGGGCAGUCGCUGAAGAUGCCAAUGUGAUGAACAAGUGUGAAGCCAGCUCACCCAAGGUUGCCACUAAACCUUCUGCUCAAGCUCCUCCCAAAGAGUAUCAACUUAAAGCUGGUAGACACGAGUGUGCUGUUCCUCCGGUUGUUGCCGCCAAACCUUCUAUGGGGAAGUUUUCUGAUGAGAAGAUCCACGGAAACAUGCCGCAGAGCAAGGGGAAGGCUGUAUCGUGGGCAGUUGCUGAAGAUGUUAAGGUGAUGAACAAGUCUCAAGCCAGCUCACCCAAGGUUGCCAGUAAAGCUUCUGCUGAGGGUCCUCCAAAUGAAUGUCUUCAGGACAAGGAAGUGUCUGGAAGUUGUAGCAUGAAAGGGGCGUCUUCUCUUGUGGCAGCAGGGGUACAAGGCCAAGGUAUCAUGAGAAGUAAGGUGACAUUCACGGCUAGAAAAACAGUUCCGUUACCUGUUGAAGCAAAUCAUAAGCCCAGUCUGGUUAAUCUGGAUAGACCCUAUUCUACGGGCAAGGAGACAGAGUCUGUUACCACUGUGAAGGAAUCCUUUGCCCCCAGGAAGAAGUUGAAGGUAAUAGGUCCAGCUCAAAAUAAAUAUUUUCCCGUGAAUGUCGCCCCUACAUCGGCAUUGCCUAGCAAGGUGAAAUUGAAGGACAAAGAGGCUUCCGCCUUGGAUGGUGAUGAUGGAAUUUGGAAGGCAAUUGGUGGUAAUGAAGGAAAGCUUAAGAUGUACCUCAGUGGCCCCUCAUGUGUUCCAUCAAUACGGCGUCACGUGCAACAUGGUGGCCAGUCUGCUGAUGCUCGGAGCAAAGUCAAGAUGCUUUGCCGAAAGUUUCAGUUCAUAUGCAGGACUCUUGUUCAAGAUGCAGAACAACAUUCUGUUAAGAGCUCUAGAAUUGAUCUUGCAGCUGAUAAAAUAAUAAGAACAUUGCCCGGCUAUACCAAACAUGGGGCUAUUAUGGGUGAAGUCCCUGGUGUUGAAAUUGGCGAUGAAUUUCUGUACAGAGUAGAGUUGGCCCUUGUUGGUCUCCACCGCCCAUACCAAGGAGGCAUUGACACCAUGAAGGAUCACAAUGAUACGCUUAUUGCCAUAAGCAUUGUUGCUUCUGGAGGUUACCCUGAUGAAUUGUCGAGCUCAGGUGAAGUAAUAUACACUGGCUCCGGAGGAAAGCCUGCUGGGAAGAAGGAGAAUGAGGAUCAAAAGCUUGUGCGCGGGAACUUGGCCCUAAAGAAUUGUAUCAAAACAAAGACGCCUGUCCGUGUAAUUCACGGUUUUAAAGGUCCAAAUAGAGAGGAAGGCAGCCAUUCAAAGGCCAAAGAAGUCUCAACAUUUACUUAUGACGGUCUCUAUAACGUGGUGGAUUCCUGGCUAGAAGGUCCGCCAGGUUCGAGGGUCUUCAAGUACAGGUUACAAAGGAUUCCUGGACAACCAGAAUUACCUCUGCAUGUUGCUAAAGGGCUGAGAAAGUCUAUAGUGCGUCCAGGCAUCUGCAUAGCUGAUAUAUCGCAAGGAAAGGAGAAGACUCCCAUCUGUGUGAUCAAUAAUAUUGACAAUGCACGUCCAACACCUUUUAAAUAUAUCACUAGAAAUAGAGGUCCAUCCUUGACUGCAAACAGAAGUCAGGGUUGUGACUGCACCGAUGGCUGCUCGGAUUCUGCUAACUGCACUUGUAUUGUGAAGAAUGGAGGAGAAAUCCCAUUCAACUUCAACGGCGCAGUUGUCCAUGCAAAGCCUCUCAUAUUUGAGUGUGGUCCAUCCUGUAAGUGUCCUCCUUCAUGCCACAACAGGGUCAGUCAGCUUGGUAUGAAAAUACCACUGGAAGUAUUCAGGACAGCCAAGACAGGAUGGGGUGUAAGAUCCCUAAGGUCUAUCCCUGCUGGAAGCUUUAUAUGCGAGUAUGUGGGUGAGCUGUUACAUGGCCAGGAAGCUAACCAGAUAAGUAAUGACGAAUACUUGUUUGAUAUAGGACAGAACUAUGAUAUCUGGAAAGAUAUGCCAUCAGCUAUUCCAGGUUUGAAUCCUUCUGGCGCUCGCUCUCUGACCAUGGAAGAUGAUGAGGGCUUCACAAUAGAUGCAGCUGAGUAUGGAAAUAUUGGAAGGUUCAUCAACCAUAGCUGUUCCCCUAACCUCUACGCACAGAAUGUUCUCUGGGACCAUGAUGACAAAAGAGUGCCCCAUAUCAUGUUCUUUGCCGAUGAGAAUAUUUCACCGCUGCAGGAGCUGACUUAUGACUAUAACUACGAGAUAGGUCAUGUCCAUGAUGUGAAUGGCGUUGUCAAAGUUAAAUAUUGCCAUUGUGGUUCUGCACAGUGCCGUGGCAGACUGUAUUGAGGAAUGGAUGACUGCCAGUACUAGGAGUUUUACAUUCUUUUCAUUGGAACCCUGGCAAAUAAUGUGUAGAUAAUGUGAAGUGUUCAUAUGGUUAAAAUGGGUAGCGAUUCGGUUAUUCUGUUGUCCAACUACUACAGUACCUCCAGCGCAUCUUCAGGGAACAAUGUUGUAGGAAAUUGGUGGCCAUAAACUAGGGAGAACAUGUUGUCAUUCUAUGUAUACCAAAGGUUUGAAGCUGUCAGAGGUAGUGCAGGAUUACUUUUCAGUGCAUCAGAAUUGUCUGCACAUUUGAC